AGGACAGUCAGCUAGGUUGCCCUUCAAGCUGCAUGGGACCAGGUUGAAUCCAAUCAACCAAACAAAUCAACAGUACUAGGGAGCACUGGAGUACAUAGCUGCCUGAACUGCUGAUUAGAUGAGUCUGGCCCAGGAGGUGAUCUGAAUCAAGCAAGGCAGGCAAGCCGCAGGAAACGCAACCUAUCACGUACUGCCUUUGCGUAUGAUGUCACCAGAGCAGGAAGCAGUCGGAGUACCGGCCGCUGCUGGAGAGAUCAAGCUGUUGCCCCACGGACUCGUUUUGUUGGAACACCGCAGAGGGAAUGCCUGCGUCUAUGCAAUGAGAAAAUAGGUCUGUGACUGUCAGCCAAAUGAGAUCGUUUUUUAGCAUUUUUUUCUUUUUAGGAUCCAGGGUAAGCUUGUGGGGUUUCAGCUAGAAGAACAGAAGGCUUUGAGAUUCUCCCCAACAUGUUUGCCAAAGCUUUCAGGGUAAAAUCCAACACUGCUAUCAAAGGAUCUGAUAGGAGGAAAUUACGAUCUGAUGUAGCAGCUACAUUUCCCACCCUCACUUCUGAACAGCUGUCUGAGGUUGUGCCGAAUAAAGAGGAGCUGAAUGUCAUCAAAUUGUACACUCAUAAAGGAGACGCUCUCACAGUCUAUGCUAAUAGCAGGAACCCAGUUCUGAUUGAAGUAGAAAAAACACUGUAUCCAACAGUGUAUACUCUGUGGUCUCAUCCUCUGCUUCUCCCUGCCUUCACCACAUGGCCACCUGUGCUGCACAAACUGGUAGGAGGAGCAGAUCUAAUGCUUCCAGGCGUUAUAGUGCCCUCUUGUGGUCUUCCUCAGGUAGAACGGGGUACACUCUGUGCUGUUACCUUGGUGGGAAACAGAGCCCCAGUGGCCAUUGGAAUAGCUACUAUGUCCACUGCAGAGAUGGUGGCAGCUGGAAUGAAAGGAAAAGGCUUCACAGUGCUACAUACGUAUAUGGAUCAUUUAUGGAGUUUUGGUGACAAGGCAUCUCCACCUGCAAUUGCCCCCUUGGAAGCAGAGCUUGCAGAGAUGGAGGGUGCAGAAAAAGAGGAGCAGGAAGAUGAAGGAGAGGAAGGCCAAGCACCUGAAAACAGCCUCCCUGCUGACCCAUCUUUGCAGUUAGACACUGAGAGUUUGAAUACGAAGGAACCUAUUCAGUGUGCUAAAGUUGGAGAAAAGGAGGAGCCCACUGAGAAUGGAGCUGCUGAAAUUGCUGAAGAAGACAAUCCAGAUGUUCUUCAGGAGGUGGAAGAUAGUAUGAGCCCACAAGAACACAUGGACAUGUUGCUUCAACAGUGCUUCUUCCAUGCUUUAAAAUGUAAAGUGAAGAAGUCAGAGCUUCCUCUGCUGACCAGCGCCUUUCUGCGUAACUACAUGUUUUCAUGCUGUCCAAAAGGUCAGCAACUAGACAUAAAGAAAUCUAGCUACAAAAAGUUCUCUAAAUUCCUGCAGUCAAUGCAGCAACAGAAGAUCCUCCAAGUGAAGGAACUGAGUAAGGGGGUGGAGAGCAUUGUGGAUGUAAACUGGAGACAUGAAAACAUUAGAUCUUUUGUAGUACCUGAAAUAGCAGCACCUGAAUCGCCCAUCCAAGACAGUAAAGGUAGUGAUGGAGAACAGCUGUACCACCCUCCUGAAAUCAUACCUCUUUAUGGUGUCUCUUCCAAAAUGGCCCCAUUGUUCCUGGAGUCUGGAUACAGGAAAGGCCAUACCCUGUCCAGCAGUGAAGUGAGAAGCACUAUUAUCAACUAUGUGAAGAUGAAUGAACUGGUUGAUGAAACAAACAAAAACUUUGUCAAAGUGAAUCCUGUCUUGUGUGACUGCUUGUUGAACAAGUCAGAGCAAGAUGAAAUCUCAAAGCUCAAAUGGGAUGAUCUCCUGAGCAGGUGUUUGGACCAAAUGCAGCCCUUCCAUCAGGUGACAUUUUUUCGGCACGAACCAGUCGUGAGGAAAGGAAACAUUGACUCCAUUGAUAUAACCAUAGCACAGAGAUCUUCAAAUAAAAAGGUAACAGUUAUUAAGAACCUUGAGCUGUAUGGUCUAGACCCACAGGCUGUUGCCAAUACUCUCCAGCAAAAAGUUCAGGCUAGCGCUGCUGUUGCCGCACUGCCAGGAACAAAGGACAGAGCACAGGUCCAGAUCCAAGGCAAUCAAAUCCACCAUCUUGCAAAGUUGCUGCUGGAGGACUACCAGAUACCUCGUAAAUACAUCCAGGGCCUUGAGAAGGCGCCAAAAAUGUGCCGAAAGAAAUAGUCUGUCUGAAGAUCAUAUGCUCUGUUAUUUAUAAAUAUUUCAUUCAACAGAAAUGAAUAAUCCAACUGCCUUAGCUAUAAAGUAGUGGUUUUUAUUUAAUAAUUAUUAAAAAAUGACUUUUCCCAGA